CCAGUCAGAGCAAGUGCAGGCUGUCAGUGUCAGGAGGGUUUCAGUGGAGUCAGGCAGACCAGACUCUGGAAAGCAGAAGCAGCUGCGCAAACCUUCCUCUUUCAACCUCAGGACACAAAGGACUGUCUGUUCCUACACCUCUCUGCCAUCUGCUUUCCAAGGCCAGGAGGAAAAAAGGGAUUUAAGAUCAACAGACGCCGAUGAUAUUUCUCUCUCUCUCUCUCUCUUCCUACUUCCCUCUUUGUUUUUGUCUUGCAAAAUCCCUCCUGAACAGAGGAGAGAUAAUCACAGCCUCCUCUGAGGGAACCAAAGAAAAGGAGGGAUCGAAAUAAACGACAACAACAUCAUCAUACCCAGCGGCCUGCGUGUGUUUGUCCGACUGUCCCCUUGCGGCCCUGCUGCACUGUCUCCCCGAGGAGGGAGACUAAUGCAUGUGGCGCUGUACUCCGGGUCAGUGGAGGAUGAGUCCGGUCAUGGAGGCUCAGACCAUGCAGGCCAAGCAGCAGCAGACGCAGCAGCAGCUACAACACUAUCUGGAGAAAGGGGUCCCGCUUGAGCCCUUCAUGCACCAGGUGGGGGGCCACUGCUGCGUGCUGCGUUUCGGGGAGCAGACCAUCUGCAAGCCCCUCAUCCCCCGAGAGCACCAGUUCUACAAGAGCCUACCCAGCGCCAUGAGGAGGUUCACCCCCCAGUACAGAGGUGUGGUAUCUGUGAAUUUUGAGGAGGAUGAGGAGGGCAACCUGUGUCUCAUAGCGUAUCCACUGCAAAGUGACUCUGGGGUGGGGGACCUGGAGAAUAUAGACCCAUCGGUCAAUGGCGAGCCCAACAGCAAGAUGCACCAGUGGGGCAUCAAGCAUCUGUCUGCCCAGAGUCUGCUGGACUCACGCAAAGACAAGGACAAGAGUCAUAAUCUCGAGGGGGAGGUGUUGGCAUGGCUGCAGCAGGAGGAGGUGCCUGUGGGAAGCAGAAACGCCAUCCAACACAACCCCUGGAGACUCAAACUCCAACAGAAACACCUACAGAGGAUGAAGGAGAACGCCAAGCACCGCAACCAGUACAAAUUCAUCCUGCUGGAGAACCUGACGUGGCGUCAUGCGGUUCCGUGCGUGCUGGACCUGAAGAUGGGCACGCGGCAGCACGGUGACAACGUGUCUGAGGAGAAGAAGGUCAUGCAAAUCCGCAAGUGCCAGCAAAGCACCUCUGCCUCCAUCGGAGUACGCCUCUGUGGCAUGCAGGUAUACCAGUCAGACUCGGGUCAGCUCAUGUUCAUGGAUAAGUACAUUGGGCGUAAACUGACCCUGUCGGGCUUCAAGGAGGCUCUGUUUCAGUUCUUCCGGGACGGGCGGCGUCUGCGGAGCGAGCUGCUCUCCCCGGUGCUGCGGAGGCUCAGGGAGAUGCAGGCAGCUCUGGAGGGCUGUGAGUCCUACCGCUUCUAUUCCUCCUCCCUGCUCAUCAUCUACGAUGGUGAGCCGCCCCGCACACACACACGCAGAGGCCCCGAGGGCGGUCUGUCUGAGGAGGAAGAAGAGGAGGAAGUGGAGAAAGAUGAAGAGGCAAGUGCGUUUGGGUUUCCCGGCAGCAGUAGUAGUGGUAGCACUGAUGGUGGACGUCUGGCAGCCCGAUCUGAUACAGGCCCUGGCCCGGCGGUGGACGUGAGGAUGAUUGACUUUGCCCACACCACGUGCCCUGACUAUGUGGAGGACAGUGUGGUGCACGAGGGCCAGGACAGUGGCUACAUCUUCGGUCUGCAGAACCUCAUCACCAUCAUAUCCCAGCUGGAGGACCACUGCACAGACUAAAACACACACACACAGUUUCUCUUCUCUCUAUUGGACUCAUAGAAGAAGCAGCACACUGGACUACAGAGGCUGGCCAGAGGUGCACACUGAACAUUGCUGUUGCCAGUUUUUCCACAGGAGUCCUUCAUUUGGGUGUUUUUGUUUAUAUCCACAAGGGAUACAAAGGGCCAUGAAGGUUACAUUUGAAGAGACAUUUGCAGUCUUCUUUAGUUGACUCAGUGAGUUGUCGCCAUUAUCUGCUUACUCUGUUACCUAUUACGAAGUUGGUUAUUUUAUCCAGUUAUUUAUUUAGGGGAAAAGCAACACAAGGAGGUUUGAAAUGAAGUCCAAGACUGCAAGCAUGGAUUCCAACUGUCCAAAGGUGCCUGGCUUAUGCAAGCACACACACACAUGCACUGAUUUUGAUGUGUGCUACUGAUCGGGCAGAUGUACUUGAAAAAGCAAACAGAGGAACUGAUGUAUGUGUGUGAAAUAUUAAAGUUGAUGAGAGGAAAGAGAAAACAUAAUCUCAUCUUCCAUUUUUCUUCUAUACCAGUUUAUUUUUCCACCCUCUUUUCUUAUCCUUUUGCAUUCAUAGAAGAUACUAUGUUAUAUUCAGAUAGCAAUUACAUUACAUACAGGGACUAUAGCUUUAUUUAUUUGACAUGUUUCUUAAAUAAAAUUAAAAUAAAAAAUUGAAAUAAUUGUAUGUUAUUGUAUAUUAUUCAUUUUGGUAGAAUAAUAUUAAUUAAUGUUAUUAUUUGACAUGUUCAGGUACAGUUGAAGUCGGAAGAUUACAUACACUGAGGUUGGAGUCAUUAAAACUUGUUUUUCAACCACUAC